AUGCUGGGAGAGUGGGACGAUGAACAUUUUACAAGAAUUUUUUUCGAUUGGAAUAUUUUUUCUAAAUAUUCGAAGGAUAACGAAUUUAAAGAUUUAGAAGAAAAUAUUAAAAAUGAAAUUGCCAAUUCGGAAUGUUUUGAUUUACAUGAAGAAGAUGGUGAGAAAGAAACGAUUGACAAUAUAUUGUUAAUACUUCAGUCAUUUAUUAUGGAAAAAAAGUAUAUAGACGUUUCUUAUUAUUUGAUUAAUAUAAUUUUAAGAUGGAAUUAUUACACAAGCUUAAGGAGUGAAAAAGGUUUAGAUUCAAAUUCUGUAAAGAAUCGAUUAAAAAUAAAUUUAGAUAUAUACACACUUCCUGAUGUGUAUAAAAAUUUUGAGGAAUACUUCUAUUCUUAUUUUCCUUUAUUUCUUAUUGAAACGCAACAAUUAAUAAAUAAUAAAAAAGAAAAUGAAAAUAUAAAAGAAUAUGACGUAAAUCUGAUUAGUUCCCCCAAAGAGAUACAUAAUUUUGAAUUCUAUAUUCAUGUUGCAUAUGACAGUUUGAAUUGUGCAAACCUUUUUUAUGGAGAUCUUAUAUUGCUUAGAUUUGUUCCAAAAAAAACUGCAAAAAAUGAUUUAUAUAAUAUGUAUACACCUAUGUUAUGUUCUUCAAAAGCAAAUGAAGAAGAAAUGUCAUCUAGUGGUUCUGAAAAUGAUAAGCUAGAUGAUGUUUCUUCUGUUUCAUGUACCAAUUCAGAAAAUUCAAACACUGUUGAGGAUGUGACAGAACAGGAAACCGGGAAAGAAAGGGAUCCAAUAAAUUUGGUUCUACCAUCACAUGAAAGGGAAAAUAAAUUGCUUGAUUCCACUAUGGAAGAAAAACAAAGCAAGGAAAUCAACAAAUGCACUCCUGAGAAGGAAGAAGAUAUGAAAGACGAAACGAGUGAUGAAAUAUACAUGAUGAGAAAAUAUUGUGUUCGUCAUUUAUUAGGUUAUGUUGUUUCAAAAAAUAAGGAACAAAUUAAAAUAAAAAUUAAUUUGAAUUAUAAAAAUUUCGAUAUUAUUGAUAGAGUUAGGAAAGAUAUCAUAUAUGAAAUUUUCAAUAAAAAUAAAGCAGAUGAUUAUUUCUUUCGAAUAUCAAAAGUGACUAGCUUGAUUUCAACUCUCCGGUUGUUUAACUGUUUGUUCAACUUUAGGAAUUCCGCUAUAUUGAAUGAAAUUAUAGAAUUUGGCCCCAUUGCGGAAGUCAACCAGGUCGAAAUCAACCACAGGGGAACUAACCAGUGUGGAAAUAAUUUUUAUCAUAUGGAAGAAGAUAUUAAAAGCGAAGAUAACACCAUUUUGCAUGUGAAAAGACGUAAAAAAGGUCAAGUAGAUAAGGAAGAUGCAGAACAAAAAAACGCAGACGUAAUAUUCAAAGGAGAGCAGCAGGGAAUGAUUCUCAGGCAAAGAAAGAGGCAAGGAGAGUUACAACAAGAGGAAAUCGUACAAAUUGGCAAAACCGGGGACGUCACACAAAUUGGCAAAACCGGGGACGUUGCACAGGUUGAGGAAAACGAGGGACAAGUGAAAGAAAAUGACAUCGAUGGGGAGGAAGAAAUGCUUAAGGAUAAAAUCAAGGACUAUUUAAGGAAGUUGAAAUGCUCAGACGAAAGAGAAAGUGGGGCUGAAAUGGCAAGUGCAGAUGUAAAGGAGGAACCAAAUCCAAACCGAGAUGUAAGUGGAAAGUCAAGUAGAAGAGGAGGAAGAUUGGUCAAAAGUUGCCAAAUCGAAAUGAAAGACACAAAAUGUUUAAGAAGCCCCGAAACACGCAAAACAUAUUAUAUGGGGAAAAAAUAUAUGCCCAUCGAAAAGGAGACACAAUAUGAAGCACAACAAUAUGCAGGUUUCAACUAUAUUCCAGAGACCUUAAAAAGUAAAUUUAUGAAUAUAUACAAUAAAUACCAAUUAAGAGCUAUUAAUAAUAGCAUAAUAAAUGAAGGGAUCACAUUAAUUCAAGGUCCCCCAGGGACAGGGAAAACUACUACGAUUUUAGGAAUCAUAAGUGCAUUAAUUUUUUUUCAAAAAUCUGAAAUAGAUGAAAACAAAAAAAAAAGUGUAUUAAAUGAUGACUUCUCAUGUAAUAAUUCAGAGAAUGAAAGAGAGAGAGAAAAAAAAAAAAAAAAAAAAAAAAAAAGCCCUUAUGCUUGGAUUAACUAUGACAAAAAAACUGAUCACUGCUAUUUUAAUGAUAACUGUUUUGAUGCAAUGGAAUAUGAAGAUUUUUUUGAUCAUAUUGAUAAAAAGGAGGAAGAAAAAAGUCAAAAUGUUUUUCAUAUUAACAAAUGUAAUAAGAAUGAAAACAAUUAUGCUUAUGCAAUACAUCUAAGCAUUAUGAAUGCAUCAAGUAGAACUUUAAAAAGUAAUGAUAACAUAGAUGCUAAUAAUAAAGAUGAGGAAGAUAUUCUCAAAAAUAAUGAAAAUAGAAUUAAAAACUUAAUAGGAUUAACAGAGUCAUUUUAUAACUCCUAUAUAAAUAGUGAUUAUUUGCUGAAAAAUACAGAUUUUAUGGAAGAAAAAAAUGCCAAUGAGAAAUUGAAUUAUUCUUAUUAUGUUAAUGACACGAAUAUGUCCUUAUACCCUUCAAGCACAUCCGGACAAGGAGCUACUACAAAGAUCGAAAUUGAAGAUACAGUAAGACAUGAAUUAAAAAACAGUAAAGCAAACCAUAUCACUGAUGAAGGAAAAAGAAAAUGGAAAAGAAACAAUCAGGAAGAAGUUGGGAAACAACCUAGUCGACCUAGGAAAGAAAAGAUAAACAAAUUAAAUUUAAUUAAAAAUAAAAAAAUCUUAGUUUGUGCGCCAUCAAAUGCAGCAAUAGAUGAAAUAUUGAGAAGAUUAGUUUCAUCCAAUAGCGGUAUUUUAGAUGAAAAUGGAAAUUUUUUUAAUCCUAUUGUUACAAGAAUGGGAAGAAAUGUAAGUACAGAUAUGCUAGAAUUUAGCUUAGAAUUUAAAGAACAGUUAUUUUUAUUCCUCAAUAAGAAGGAAGAAAAUAAAUUAAUAAAAAGAAAUCUUUUAAAAACGUCAACCAUUAUUUGUUCAACUUUAUCUGCAAGUUCAAACGCUUCACUGGUUAAUUAUAUAGACUAUUUUGAUGCAAUUAUUAUAGAUGAAGCUUCACAAUCAGUUGAAUUAGACAUACUCAUUCCUUUGUCAUUUUCUUGUAAGAAAAUUAUCCUUGUAGGGGAUCCAAAACAAUUGUCAGCAACAGCAUUCUCCUUAUUUGCAAAAAAACGCAAAUAUGCCAGAUCUCUCUUUGAAAGAUUACAAAAGAAACAUAAAUUGAAUAAAUACAAAUACAAUUUGUUGUCAAUUCAGUAUAGAAUGCAUCCAGAUAUUUCUCAUUUUCCAAAUAAAUAUUACUACAAAAAUAAAGUUACAGAUGCACCUUAUUUUUCAUUUAUACUUCUUAAAGAAACUCAAAUGAACAAGUACAUUACAAAAUUGAAAAAUACAAAUAGAAUAAAGGACUACUAUGGGGUAAAUGUAGAAAAUGAUCUUUUUUGCAAAUUUGAUUUAUUUCAUUUUAUGGAAAAUAAUUUUGGAAAUUUAUUACCUUCCAAUUUUCAUGAUUUAACAUUAUGUCAAAAAAAUCAAGGAGUAAUCGAUUGGUUUUUCAUACCCUUACUUCAGCACAGUGUAUUUUACGACAUACCCUUUUCAAAACAAAAAAAAAUUAGAAAUUCUUACAUUAAUAUUGAAGAGAGUGAAGCAGUUUUGCAAUUUAUUGAAUUUUUGCAUUUCAUUUUUACCACAGAAAAUGUGCAAGAGUGGUACAAACGAAUAGGUAUCAUAACUCCUUAUGCCACCGAAAAAUAUUUCUUAAAAGCUGAAUUAAAAAUUUUCUUCAGAAAAAAGGGAUAUAAAAAUGACAUUUCCAAUUUUAUUGAUAUUGGAACUGUUGAUGGAUUUCAGGGUACUGAAAAGGACAUCAUAAUAUUUGUCUGUGUAAGGACAAAAGGUUUGCUAAAAAAAAAAAAAAAAAAAAAAUCUAUCGCACCUAGAGAUGGAGACACUAACCAUAUCUGCACAGCUGGCCCCUGUGAUCAUCAUGCCCCAGAUCAAGAACCGAAUGUGUUAAAUCAAAGUUCUGAAUCUUCUGCUGAAGAAGGAGUGGAUAACUCAAAUAUGUUUUUCUCCAACUACAAACGAUUGAAUGUGGCGUUAACCAGGGCGAGAUGUAAUUUAUUCAUUUUUGGAAAUCGCAAUUUUUUAAAAAAAUGUGAUGUAUGGAGUAAAAUCAUUAAACAUUAUAAGAUGAAAAACAAAAUUAUUAAAAUUAAAUAUAAGAAAUUUAAAACAAAAAUGAAAAUUUUGUCUGAAAAUAUUACCGAAGAAGAUUUAUUUGAUGAAAAAGCUCAAGUAAUUAAUAAAAAAAUUGAAAAUUCAUUAUAUAAUAAAAAUUUAAUUGAUUACAAUUUUGUACCAACCAGUGAAAAUGAAUGUCCUACUUUUGAUUUAAAAAGUUUCCUUUACUCUGUUGGAUUGAGUCAAGCAGAAGAGGAUGGGUAUAUCAUCUAUGACAAUAGAAAUAUAAUGAAUAUGGACAUAAAUAGCAAUAAAUUAGGAACUCCAGGUUUUUCAGUAAAUGCUGAUAAAAAAACAGAAGAGGAUAAAGUCAUGAAUUUUUUUAAAAAGCUUUACAAUGACGAUUUUGAAAAUGCAGACGAUUUUAAUUCUGCACAUAGACAAAUGGGAGAUGUUACCACGGCUAACAAGGUCCAAAAUGAGGCCCCAAAUGGGGCACAAAAUGGGGCACAAAAUGGGGCACAAAAUGGGGCACAAAAUGGAUUUUUAAGCAAUGCCAAAGACUGUUCCACGGCAAAACCAUGCGAUUUUAAAGAAGAGUAUAAAAAUGAAGUAAACGAAAAUUUAUGGAAUAUGAACCGAAGCAAAAAUCACAUGUAUGCCGCAUCAAAUGGCGCAAAAAAUGGCACAAAAAAUGGUGCAAAAAAUAGUGCAAAAAAUGGUGCUAAAAAUGAACCCACUGAAAUGUUAGAAGUGAUAGAUCUUGAAAAUGAUGAUGAAUUUUCACAUCACCUCAAUUUAAAUGAUAAAGAUGGAGAAGGGAAAAUACAAAAGUGCAACCAAGAAGAAUCUAAAAACAUGGACCAGUCUUUACCCCUACCCAAUUCGAGGCACAAACAAAUUACAAACAUGAAAUCAUUAUCGUAUGAGACAAAAAUUGGUGAUGAAGAAUCCCCUAACUUUGAAGAAACUGAGGAUCGAGUAAUUACUAUCACCCCCAUAUUGGAAAAUAAUGAAUAUUUCAAAAAGAAAAAUUACUUCAUUGAUACGUUGUAUAACUACUGCAAAGCCAACAAAGAGCUACUUUUCGUUGUGCAAAAUAUUUUGCCGAAUUUUUCUAAACACAUUUUAUUUAAAAAGUGCGUAUGA